AUGAUCACCACGUUUUUUGUGCUAUUUUUGGCCGGUUUAGUGUUUUAUUUCUACUUUGAAUCGAAGGUAUUGAUUGAUUUUUUCUGCCCUUUCCAGCAAUUUUUUUCCAGAGAAAAGUGAAUUUGCUGAAACACGCGAUUCAACAAAGGAAAGAUGAACAGCUGAGGAAUUUUGAGUGGAUUCGGAGGAAUUUUGAGAAAUUGGAUGAAAAUGAGGCGGAGAGAAUUGUGAAUUUACCCUACGAAAAAUUGAAAUCAGAUUUGAAAAUGGGAAAUUUGAAAGUGACGGAGGUUUUGAGAGCAUUUCAAAGAAAAGCGAUGAAAGCACAGGAAAAUACGAAUUGUGUUUGUCUUUUUGUUGAAAAAUCGAUUGAAUUGGCGGAGAAGUUAGAGGAAGUUGAGAUUGAGAAACGGGGGAACAUGGAGCUUUUUGGAAUUCCUGUUAGUGUUAAGGAAUGUAUUAAGGUUGGGAUUUGGGGGUUUGGGAAUUUGAAGGUGAAUGAAAUUUGAAAAUUCAAAAAAUUUUCUGGAAUUUUCAAAAUCUGGAAAUCUAAAUUUUGUCAAAAAUCAAUCUGAAAUUCGAAAAAAAUGCUGAAAUUUUAAAAAAUCUGGAAAUUGUUUGGAAAAAAAUUUCCGAAUUUUCAAAUUUGAAAGUUUUUGUUCAAAAAUAUUUCACCAAAAAAAUUUGGAAAAUUUUAUUUUUUCAGAAAUUUUGGGUUAAAUUUCAAAAUUUUUCGAAAUUUUAAAAUUCUGGAAAAUUUGGUCAAAAUAAUGUUGAAAGUUGUUCGGAAAAAAAAUUUCAGAAUUUUCAAAUUUGAAAGUUUUUGUUCAAAAAUAUUUCACUAAAAAAAUUUAGAAAAUUUUAUUUUUUUGGAAAUUUUGGGUUAAAUUUCAAACUUUUUCGGAAUUUUCCAAAUUUAGAUUCAAAAUUUAAAUUUUUUUCUGAAACUUCACAUUUUUAAAAUUAUUUUUUUUUAACAAUUAAAAAAAAAAUUGAAAAUUCAAAUUUUUUCUGAAAAUUUCACAUUUUUAAAGUUAUUUUUUUAAUUAAAAAAAUAUUUUACAAAAAUUAUUUUUUUAAAACAGUUUUUUAAAAAUUGACAGUUAAUAUUUUUAUUUCUCAAUUUCUGAAUUUUUCAGAGAAUUUUGGUUAAAAAUUUUACAAAUUUAAUUCAAAAAUUCGAAAUCUCAAAAUUUCCAGAUCAAAGGAAUGGAUUCAACUCAAGGCCUUAGUCAAUCACUUUUCAAACCUUCAGAAAAUGAUUCGAAAUGUGUUAAGCAACUUAUGGAAUUGGGUAGGUUCUGCAAAUUUUGGCUGGAAUUUCAGAUUUUGAUUUUUUCUUGAAAGUUUUGAGCUUCAAGUUGUCUUGGUUCAAAAAAUCCAACAAAGAGGGUUCUAAAAAAAGUUAUCCUAACUCAAAUCUCCCCAAAUUUCAGGCGCAAUUCCCUUCGUCCACACCAACAUCCCACAAGCUCUUCUAAGUUUCGGCUGCUGCAAUCCAAUCUACGGCUCAACAUCAAAUCCCCUCGAUGUCACUCGUGUUCCUGGCGGCUCUUCUGGCGGCGAAUCUGCCCUAAUUUCCAGCGGCGCUGCACAUUUCGGUAUUGGAACUGAUGUUGGUGGAAGUAUUCGAACACCCGCGACAUUCUGUGGAAUUGUCGGCUUCAAAAGUUGUUCGGAUCGAAAUUCGCAUACUGGAAAAGUUUCGUCGAUUCCGGGAAGACAAUUGUUGCGAACUGUUGAAGGACCGCUGGCUAGGAAUGUGGAUAUUUGUGUGGAAUAUAUGAGAUUGGUAAGGAACUUUUUGAAGUUUUCUUAAAAUAGUUUUUGUUCGAUAGAGCGCACUGGCUCUAAUUUUAUGAUAAAAAAUAUUGAACAUUUCUGAUUUUUUUAGUUCUUCUCUUGAGUUUUCAUUUUCUGUUUUUCCUGAAAUUCAAUUCGAAAAACUCGCAGAAACAAUAAUCGUUUUUUGUUGAGUUUUGAGAUUUGAAUCUGAAAUUCCAGCCAAAUUUUCGCAGAACCUACACAUUUUGAAUGAUUUUCUAAAGAUUUGAAAAGUUAUUGACUUAGGCCUUGAGUUGAAUCCAUUCCUUUGAUCUAGAAAUUUUGAAAUUUUGAAAUUUGGAAUUAAAUUUGGAAAUGUUUAACCAAAAUUUGCUGAAAAGUUCAGAAUUUGAAAAAAAUGUAAUUUUUCAAUUUUUAAAAAAAUUUUGAAAUUUUUGAAUUUUUAACGGAAUUUGGGAAAUUUCAGAUAGAAUUUGAGAAAAAAUGUUGAAAUUUAACCAAAAAUUUCGGAAAAAAAUAAAAUUUUCUAAUUUUUUUUUGGUGAAAUAUUUUUGAACAAAAACUUCCAAUUUUGAAAAUUCUGAAAUUUUUAUUCAAACAUUUUUCAAAAUACAAUUCAAAAGGUUUGGAAAGCGCGGGAAACCAUUUCUGGUUCACACAUAUCUACACCGCGACGCACAAUUGCACACAACAAACAUUUGCUGGCUACAGUACUCCAAUAUGAAAUAUAUUGUGUAAACUAAUUUGGGCUAACUAAAAAUGAAAAUUCUAAAAAUUUUUGGGAGCUGAAAAAUUUUUUUCAAGGCUUUUCAGAUUCCUGAGUUCCAGAAAUGUUCAGAUUUUCGAGUUUUCUUAAAUUUCAGGUUUUGUGGAAUUUUCUAAAUGAUUUUCGUGAUAAUUUCUAAAAUUCUCUCAUUUUUUUUGAAAAAAAACCAAUUUUCAAGAAAAUUGUUAAAAUUUUAAUUCCAAAAAUCUUUUUCCGCAGAAAUGGAAUGAUAAUUCUCUUUUCGAAUCGGAUUAUUACAUGCCACCAGUCAAAUUCCAAGAAGAAAUGUUAAAUUCCACUCAAAAACUUCGAAUCGGAUAUUAUACAUUUGACGGAUAUCAAAAAAGCUCCAAAAGCCUACGAAAGGGCAGUUUUGGAGACAAUAAACUAUCUUCGAGACAUCGAAGGACAUUCAAUUUUCGAGUUCAAAGUUCCGAAUCCCGAUUUGAUGUUCAGUGUGUUUUGUGCGGCUGCAACUUCGGAUGGUUCGAUUUAUUUGAACAAAUUAUUGUCGGAGGAUAUUGUGCCGGAUGA